AUGCCGAAACAACGCUCACAAACAACGACAUUAAAUUCAGCUACUGGAAAUACUUCAAAACGUCAAUGUGAUACUUUAUCUAAGCCUAAUUCAUCAUCGGAUAACGAAGAUGUAAUUCCUAUUCCAAUACAGAUUUUUCUAUGGCGACAGAGCAAUCCAUUUAUCAAACAAAAAUUUGGUAAUCUAACAGAUGCAUCAGCAAUAAGUUUUGAUCGAGUUCUUGUUCAAAACAUUUUACAUGGCUUAUCACCUAGUCUCAGUGAUGCCAUUGCGAGUAUUCCAAGAUGGCUAUUAAUCAAAGUGGCAUUUCCACAUGUUAUGCAUGCAUGUUCAGCAGCUAUUGAACAUAGCCUUCAUUCGAUUCAACAACAACCGACCACCGGUGGUCAUCCAUCACUACUUGUUUCAACCUCUUUAUCUCUUUCUCCGUCACCUUCAUCACAACUUCAAGUUCCAACUAGCCUUCAAAUACCUAUCAAUACUCCUAAUGUACCGCCUGCACCUUUUGGUUCUUUGGCUGCAACAAAUCUUUCAUCAACAAUAUCUGUUGAACAUCAAACUAGUCAUCAACCGUUAUUUCGUCUCUCGUCAACCGCACAAAGUACAAGUAGUUAUACAUCAUUAGCAAAUAAAUUAAAUCCAACGGAAAUUCGUCUGUUUCAUACAUUGCAUUAUCUUAUUUUGGAUGCUGCUAGUCAAAACAAUCAUACAUCUAUAAAUACUGAUCAACUUGUACCAUUAAAUACAAUACAAUUAUUUAUUUAUCUGUUUAUUCCAUAUAUUCAUACAUAUUUACAAAGCAAUGAAAAAGAAUUUUUAUCUCAUCCUGAUCUUUCUCAGGGCAUGCAUCUUUUAUGGCAACCAUUACUUGAAUACCGUCAACCAAAUAUUCGUAUGUUUAGUUCAUUUGUUAAACCAAUUAUACCAUCAUAUGCAUCACCUAAUGAAAAUGGCGAUUAUAUAUCAAUUCUAAACGAUUCACAACAGCAUCACCACCAACAACAGCAACAACAACAACAACAAACAUAUUAUAUAAAUAAUAAUAAACGAAAUCGUUUAUCUGUUUUAGUUGAAUCGCCUACAUCCAUACCAACAACUACAAGAGCAAUUCUUGAAGAAUCGGAAGAAGAUCAACAAUCUCAACUUUCACCGAUUCAAAUUCAAUCACAACCAUCAACAACAAAUGAAUAUGUUACACAUCUACCAAGAUCAGCAUCAGAGAAACAGCCAUUAUCUGAUUUAACAAAUCAACCAAUAAUGAUGGCACCUAUUGUUAGUAGCGAAGGAAGUAGUGUAAGUUUAUUUCAACCAAUAACGGCAAAAAAAGAUCAAAAAUCUGUAUCAUCUGUUGUUGCUGAUUCUGAUACAACAACAAACAAUUCAAUAACUGAUCUUAGUGCUUAUGGAACAUCAAAUGGUGCCAAGCCACGAGCGCCACUCGUACACAUGAGUUCCAUCUGUUCAAUAUCAGAUUCAAGUCGUCUGACGACAUCGCCACAAAGCCCAGGCGGCGACAAAUUUAAUAUUUUACAAAGUGGCGCAGGUUCAUCGUCUUCAUCUGCAUCAACUCCAUCUGUUAUAUUACCAUUACAUUGUGCUCAAUGUCAACAACCUGUGUUUGUUCCAAAUCAUCCACAAAAUAUCCCAUAUAUUUGUUCAAGUUGUACAACUACAAAACCAACAUCUACACCAAAAACAUCUGAUCUUCCAUUAAAACCAGCUAUUCAAAAAGAUUCAACGUCAACAACGCGACGUCAAAGUGUUACAGUACCAAAAACUCGAACAUCUCCACGUUCAUCUGAAUUACUUCUACUCGCAACUUAUUUUGAUAUUGGAAUACUGCGUACAUUAUUUAGUCCAUCAUGGUUAACCGAUGGUUAUCUAUGGUGUUUAGAAUAUCUACAUAAACGUAUUAUUGAUAUAGCAGAUGAAAUUUUAUCUGAUGCAUUAAUGAGUGGUACAUUGCCAAUUAAUAUUUUGCGUUUUAAAAGCCUUUCUAUUCCACAACUAAAUCUGAGUAAUGAACAUGACUAUUAUGAAUAUUUAAAAAAUGUUUAUUUCAAUGAACAAGUUACCAACGAUAUCAUCGAGCAACAAUGUAUGAUGGCCGGUACAGGUGAUGUAGCAGCAUCAUCGUCAAUUAAACAACCAGCUACAUUAUUAAAUGUACCAUUUAAAUAUUUUGCUGGCAAGAGUCCAUAUCAUGGAAAACAUAGUCAAAAAUAUGAUAAUUUUUAUAAAAAAAUCAGUAAAAUUCGUUAUAUUGAUGAAGAAGGUAUUGAACAUUUGGAUUUGGCUAAUAUUGAUCGUCGAGAUAACUUGGGAACAUCAUCAUCAUCGAAAGCCAGUCGUCUUCAUCUUACUGAUCCAGGCUUAUUAUUACUUAAAACAACACCAUUGAAUGCAAGUGAUCGGUCUAUAUUACCUACAGCAAAUGGUACAACUCGACAAUCGGUUGAUAGCUUAUUGAAUAGUUCAAAUUCUAAUACAACGAAAACUGCUGCUCCAAUAACAACAACUAAUUUAAACACAAUGAAAACUUUUAGUGUUAGCGAUUCAGAAAUAAAUUAUAAAUUUUUAGAAGAAAUCGAAGAAGCACAAGGUUCAAGUGCAUAUAUUAAUCGAAGUGGUACAAUUAAUUUUGGUGUUGUUUUGGCUGGCAUACAUGCUGUUAUAUGUAAAGAACAUCAUUUAAAAGUUUGUGAAUUAGUCAUGAAUAUUCUCGAUGUAUUACUUGGUUUGGCUGUUAUAUCAUCAUCAGAAGAUGACAUGCAUAAGAAACAAUUACUAGCCGUUGGAAACAGUGGAACAGCUGGUGAAGAUCGAGUUGAUGAACAAAUGGAAGAAUGGUUAAAACAAAUUGAUGCAAAAGAAGAAGAAAAAUUUCAAUUAGCUGUUGAUAUAACGCUUAGAAUAAUAAAGCGAUUAGGAUGUCCACAUUGUCAACCGCGUGGUCGUAGUUUUACAGCUGACCAAUUACGUGGUAAAGUACGUUUAUCAUUAAAUAAACUUCGUAUACUUAAUCAACGUCGAUUUGAAAAAUAUUUUCUUAAUUUAACUCUUCAUGGUGAUCUUGUUCAUAUUCUUGACAUAUUUCAUGCUUUAUGUGGUUAUUGUUCAGAAUCCAAUGUUGGUCUUGCUCAUUAUUCGCCUUAUAUUCCGACGAAAUCCGAAACACAUGUACGACAAGCAUAUUCAAAUAAUUUUGGUAAUACACAUCUCGGUGUUGGACCGAAGGGUAUCGAUGGAUUUAUAUUAAAUAUAGUAUUUAAAACAUUUGUUACACGCUUGAUAAUGAUGAAAGAGUAUUUAAUGAGUUCAGAAAAUGUUGCUCUAUAUGGUGAAUGUCGAGCUUUUCUAACAUGCAUUAAAGAAAAUCAUGGAGGAAUAUUUCGUUUGGUAGUAUUUUCCUCGUUACUUGAUCCAGAAAAAAAACUGAAAGCAUUGAAACAGCAAGAUCUCAAUGCAAAAGCAAAAGCAAAAGGAUCAAAUCCUUUUGUUCGACAAGAUGGUAUUAAUAGUAAUGGAAAAGGGACUCUUAUUAAUCGUGAUUUAUCGGAUGACGCUGAUCUUGAUCGUCAUGGAAGUACUAGUCAUCAAAUAACAACCAACGGAGUUGAAGAGACACCAGCAACAGUUACUGCAUCGUCAACGUUUAGUAUUAAAUUAAAAAAUAUUCGCACAAGAACUGGAUCAGUAAUCGGCGGUGAUGAUCAUAGUUUAUAUACACAUCAGGAAGAAAGUUUAUAUGUUGAUUUAUCACUUGUUCGUCUUGGUUUAUUACGUUUGAAUUUCAUGAUGGAAUCAUGUCCACCGGGCUCAUUACCUGAUCCACAAUUCUUAAAUACUCUUCUUACUUUGGAUUCACCCAUUAUAUCAAAAGCAGCAUAUCUUGUUGAAUGCGCACACUUUGUUCGUCGUUGUGCAUUAGGUCAAUGGCCGGAAUGGAUGCGUAUAAAUAUGACAACGUUUCGUCCACAUGAAUCAUUUACUGUACGUGCAACUGGAAAUAUGAAUUCAAGAUUGAAUAAACUUUAUCAAGCAGCAGCAGCUAGAAUGUUUUAUAUCUGGGGCGAAGCUCUUUCAUCACAACUUGAAACUAUAUUAGACAAUGAACAACAACAAGUAACAACAGACCAUACCAAUGAAACGGGAAUAGGCUUAGAAGGAGGAGUAGGAUCAAGCUUUUGGAAUAGUGAUGAAACAUAUGAAGAUUAUUAUAAUGAAGCAAUUGUUAAUCGUUCAGGCCAUGAUUGUCCGUAUUCAUUACGUGUUGUUGCUUGUUUACUUCUUUAUGAAAUUACAUCAUUUCUACGUGAAGUAUAUGAUACAUUACCUAAACUUUCAUCGAUCCCAACAGCAGGAGUUAAUGGUCGACAGCAGCAGACUCAACGUACAAAUAAUCAAGGAUUCAAUGUACCAACAAAUCUUGUUGAAACAUCAUCAACAUUAACUGAUAAACGUUCAACAGACCGUAUGCGUAUGGGUAGUGUUGUUUCUCAAAUAUCAAAUAGAAGUUCUGCUUCCAUAUCAAGUGAACAUCCAGCACUUUCACCACAAGCAUCAUCAGUAAUAGCUCCAUCGGUUCUAAGCACUGUACCAGCAACAAUAAUUAAUAUUAAUCCAACAUUAGCUGGCGAACGACAUAUAAGUUUUGCUGUUAAUAAAGAAAAUGAUUCAAAUGAAAGUAAUCAUACAGCUCUUGUACUCAAUGAUGAUGAUGGUGUUGUCGUUAUUGAUGGAAAUUCUUUAUCUGGAGCGAACGAUAGACGAAUGUCUGUUGCAGCAUAUAAAUCUGGCAGUGUUACUGGUAGUACCGGUAAAUCCAAAUUAAUGCGGCGAAGUAGUGUUAAAUUAAGAAAACCAUCACUACGGAUAAAAGAUUCUGGAAAACCUAAUCGUCGUUCAUCGUAUCGAACACGCCGCCGUAGUCAUGCAUCAAAUAUUUCAUCGGAAACAGAUGGUCACCAAAGUAAUAUAGGAAGUUCAGUGAUGGAACCAACUGAUGAAUAUCUAAAUGGUAAUGAUGAAGAUUUCGAUCAAGGAAAUUUCGAUGACAUUAUUAAUACUCGACCGUUUCCAUGGAUAAAAGUUGUUAUAAGAAUAUUAAAUGAUGCGAAUUUAACAUGUGAUCAUCAAAUAAAAUGUUUAUCAAAUUGUUAUGAUAAACGAACAGCAAGCUGUAAAAAUCUUACUCAAGCAUUAUUAAAUAUGUAUCGAUUAUCGCCAUCAAAUCUACCAAAUAUUAGCUCAUCAUUUUCUCGUUCAUCAUCAUCUACACAUAGAUCAACUAUACAUUUAAAACGUAAUGACACAACAUCAAGUAAAGGUCAACAUGAUCCUAAAAAACGACGACUUUCAACUUGUUUGUUUGGUGAUGGUACAGGUCCAAGUAGUGAUAAUGCAGCAAAAGGUAUAAAUGCAAGUAAACCACCUGAUGGACCUAUCUAUGGUAUGGUUUUUGAAACAGCUGAUCCACAUUUUGAUAAACAAGUUAAUACACAUUUUACUGCUAUUGCUACCUAUUUGGAAAAACAAGUUGGAACAUUAACACAAGUACCAUUGAUGAUACUUUGUAAAUCAUCUGUUUUAUUAGAAGAUGAACAUUAUGCACAAAUUCUAAAUUUAUCAUGGGAACUCCUAUUAGAUCGUAACGAAGAAUUAGCUGCUUGUGCUGCAACCAUUGUUAUUUUAACAGCUGCUCGUGCAAGUCAUCUAGUUGAUGCGCUAGUUCAUGAGGAAAUGGAAAAUACUUCAGCAUUGAUUCGUUAUAAUGCAAUAUUAAAAUUUCAAACAUUAUGGCGUUUUCGUUAUCAAUUUUGGAUUCGACUAGAAGAAGGUGCGCACUCAAUGAUGAAGAUUCUUCCACCAAGUAUCGAAUUUGUUUUACCAUCACCAGCGCUUGGCAUUUCUAAUCUUCAAACAGUCGAUCCACCAUGGAUGCCACAUGCUAAAACACUGGUUCAACAAGUUGCUUUAAAUCAAGAAGAAGUCCGAGCUGUUGUUACAGCAAGUAAAACGCGUAAAAAACAUCAACAAGAAUUAAUACAUUCAGCAUUGAUGGCCGAAGAAACAAGUAAACGUGUAGCAAGAGAAAAUUUUGCUAUGUCAACUGUAUCAAUGUUACAGUCGGCUUCGUUCGAACCACUUUUACAUCAACCCAGAGAUGAAGAAGAAGAAGGACAUACAGAUGAUGAUAGAUUUGUUGAAACGAGUAUUCAAAUACGUCAAGCACAAGGAACAUUUCCUUCAGCAUUUGGUGCAGCUGUUUACCUUCUUGUAGAGAUGUUAGAAGAUGAAGAAACGCUUGAAAAUGGAGCAACAGUAUCAGCUGCAGCUCGAAAAGCUAUUUGGACAUGCUUAAUUGAUGAGCCAACAUUAUUGAUUCGGUUUUUCUUUGAAAAACUUUCUCAUAAAGAACGUCGUAUCAAAUCUCUUCAAAGUCUUCGUCGUCUUAUGAUAUGUUUAACUGAUAUACCACCACAAUUCGCUCAUGCAGUAUUCAAUUAUGUUCUUGGUUUAUUAAUGAGUAUGGUACGUUCACCACUUGACGGCUCACAAGAGCUCAUCAUAGCUGGUCUUACAUUAUUAUGGCAAAUAAUACCUUAUUUACAUGGUCUCGUUUUAAAAGAUUUAAAACAAAUCUUACGUAAAGAACAAGCUGAAAUGAUGAUAUUAAUAACCGGUAAUAUUCCAUCAACAAAAAAAGUUAUUAUACAUGGUCCAGAUCUAUCACAAAUUCCGACACAAGCUAUCAUACAAGAAGAUACACAAUUUAGUAAUGUUUUCCUAGAAGCAUUAGAUUUUUUUGGUAUACCAGAUGCAAAACGAGAUAGAUAUUAUCUAAUUGAUGUUAAAACUCAACAAAUACAUAUUCCAGAUACAUAUGUAAGAGAUUUUUAUUUUUUUCGUCGAAAUAUCUAUCCGCAAUUAUCAUUAAUACCUAUGGAUACAAAACAAUCGCAAAAACAAUUAGAACAAAUGUCCAUCUAUUUAAAAACAACAGAAUUAUCAAAAGUUUUAUUUGCUCGUUAUUUAGUUGAAAAUACGCCAUAUAAUCAAAUUCAUAAUUGUGUCACAUUUUUUCAUGAUGAACUUAUAAAAAGCCCAUCAUUUCCACGAAAACCAUUAGAAUCAGAUUAUAAUUUAUAUACAAGAAUAUCUGACAAAGAACUAUUUAACUUGGAUAUGUUACAUAAAUAUAAUUGGAUCAAACUGAUUGCAUGUCUAUUUUUUAAUAUGGACGGUAAAACAACUACAACAUGGGAUAUAACUCUUUUUCUCAAUGUAAUCAAUGGUGCAUUUAUUUUACAUUGUGAAGACUUCGCUAUGUUACGCUUUUGUCUUGCAAUCUACAUUAGUACAGCAAAACAUUUUCGACACAUAUUUGCUACAAAUGGUUAUCUAUUAAUAAUGCCAACAUUUCUUCGUGUUUAUUCAAAUAUUCAAUCAAAUCCAAUGUUAAAACGAGCUAUUGAAUAUUGUUGUCGACAAUUUUUUAUUUUACAUCGUAUACCAUUUAUAUUGCAAAUGCUUGCUAGUAUAUCACAACUGUUGGAUUUCGAUGAACAAGCCGAUGUUACUGAUACAAAUAAAAUACAACCAAUACACUUAUUUCGUUUAUUAAUUGCUUUAGAACAAACAAGUGUUGAUGCUAUGCGCGACGAUUAUUCUAUAUUGGAAUUAGUUAAAGAUGAUUCAACAUCAAGUAAAACAACAUCAGUUAUAACACCGACAACGAUGCCUAUAGCAAAUAUGACGGUUGUUGCCGUCCUUGGCCAAGGAAAUAUGAUUGCACCAUCAACUAUUAAAACUUUAGAUUUUUGCUAUGCAGAUGAUGAUACAAUUUUCACUCUACUUAAUUGUAUUGAUGUUUGUGUAACUGUUGUUGCAUAUGCGCCUGAUUCAAUCCGAUCAUUACAAAUGCUUGGUAUCAUAGAUUUACUCUUACCAAAAUAUUUAGAAUAUUUAAAAGAUCGUACGAAUAAAAAUGAUUGUCAAAAGCACGGUCGCGAGGAAGUCAAAAUAAUUGAGAAAUUAUCAGUUGCUAUUAAAACAAUGAUAAGUGCAUCAGAAUCAUUAACACGAGCAUUUGUUGGACCAAAACAUGAGACAUUAGCAGGUGCAAGUUAUAAACAUUCGCGCGGUUCGAAUCGUUCGCCAUCAAUUGUACCCGAUGAAGAUUCUAUGAGUCGAUUUAUUGAUGAUCGAACUAAAAAUAAAGUUCAAGAUGUUGACGAACAUAAGCAAGCAUCAGAAUUUCGUUGGCCACGCGAUACACUACUUUCUGUUAUAUCAACAUUUGUUCAUUUUUCUUCUCAACGUUUAAAAGAAUUAAAUAAAUUAAUCAAUGAUCCAACAUUUCGUAUGCCUGAAAUACUCGAUGCUAAAUCUCAUACACGUCUUGCUGAUAUAGCACAUACAUUACUUAAACUAGGUGGGUUUGAUCCAAUAACCAUGUCAUGUCGUGGUAUACAAAAUUAUUUUCAAAAACUUUUACCAUGGACCAAUUGGAGUCAAGAACAAUUACGGCCAGCAUUAAAUCUUUUAUUAAGACGUAUCGAUAGAAUGUUUUCAAAAAUAUGUAAAAAGCCAAUGACAAAACGUUGUUUUGAUUGGGAAGCAACAGCAGGAAUAUUAAAUGGAAUUUAUUUAACUAUUGAUCGUCAUCCAUAUAUUGCUUAUUUUCCUAAUCUCAAAGCUUUAGUUUCCGGUUGUAUUGCACUUGUAUUAAAUGAAAAUGUAUCAGAAUCAAGUCAUAGUGUACCACGAUUGGAUACAGCUGCUUUUCCGAAAGAAUUUUCUCGUGUUGUUAUUAAACUUGUUGGCAGAUAUUUAUUAGCUAUUAAAAAUCAGCCAAAUCUAGAAGCAUUAACUGGCAAUAGUUGGUCAUUUCCUAAUGUACCAUCGGCAAUAAAUCACUUAUUACAUUUUCUUUUACCACUAAUGUUCUGGGCUGGUAGCGGACGAAAAGAUGCACCAAAAAUUCAUCCAGUUGAUAUUUCAUAUAUAAUUACUAUUCUACUUAAUUCACUUAAACCAUCGUCAAAACUUGCUUCCGCUAUGGGUGCACAGGGUGGACCUGGAAGUGGUGCUCCCGGACAGAUAAGCAGUGGGUCUGGUACUGGUGGUGGAAAGCAACAUUUAACUAUUGGUGAAGCUAUUUUACAAAAUAGUAGUUUCACUCAUAAAUCUAUGCGACAAUUAAAAGAUCUUUUACAAACUGCAUCCUUAUUAGGUUUAAAAGUUUUAAUGAUUGGUUUCACUAGACAAUUAAAAAGAGAAUGGCGACGAAUCGCUCAGUCAAUAAAAUUAAUGUGCAAUAAACAAUCGAAUGUUUCAUCUAUUCUUUUAUCAUUUAUUGAUUUUAUUAUUUCAUAUAAAACUCCAAUAUUUGUUAUUCUUCGACCAUUUAUUUUCCAUUAUAUCUAUUCGGUUACAUCGGACAAUGAUCGUGAUUAUGAAAUGAUCACAAAUAUUCAACAAAAACUUAUUUUUGAUAAAAUAACCCCAUCAAAAUCAACAGGAGAAAUUCUAAAUACAUUGAUGCAAGAAUUAAAUCAUUUAAAAGCUGAAUUAACAGCCGUAUCGCUAACGACUACACAAGAAAUGAGUCGUACAGGCUCAGGUGGUGGAAAGAAGAGAGUUAUUUUAUCGCGAACGCCACGACGAAGAAUGCGCGAUGAUAUUCCUCUACUUCGUCUAUCAUCAUCUGAUGAAUCAAAAUCUUUAUUUCCAUAUGAAACACGUCCAGUAGGAACUGAAAAAGUUCGAUUUGAUACUGAAGCAUUGGAACAAAUGAAAGAUCGUGGUGGUGGUACUGGUGCAUCUGCUGCUACAACUGAUGGACGAUCAGUUGGUAGUCGAGUAACAAAUACCUACCGUAUUCGACAACAACAGUCAAGCAAUAGCAGUUUGAAUGCAUCACCGAAAAAGAAAACAGAAAAAAUUCGAGUUAAAGAAGCAUUAGAUAUACUUGAAACAUAUCUUGCUCGAUAUAGAGUUCGGUCCGGAGUUGAAAUAGCUGAUAUACCAAUCAAAUGGACAAGAGAUUUAACAUUGAAUAAUCCUUUGACAAUGAUCGAUGAACCAAUAGCUCCUGUUAAAUCUGAAAGUUCACAUUUCCAAUCCUCAUCAUCAAAUCCAAACGCACCUAGUCAUUUAUCGCGUUCAAUUACUGUUGCUGGUGAUCGAAGUCCAGUAACAACUGAUCGAUUAACACGAUUCUAUAAUAAACUUGAAGAAACUGAUAUUGAUCAAUCAACAACAAAUAAAGAAAGUGGACCUAUCCUACGCACUUUUCGUGGUCGAAAACGAGAUACAGCACAUUUCGAUAAAUCUCGAUUAGCCAAAGGUUUAAUGCAAUCACAUAUAUCUAGUGAACCAACUAUAACCUAUGAUGCUACUAAAGAAAUGAACGAGAUAUUUCGACCAAACAAACAAGCCAAUCAACAAAAACCUACUUCAGUAACUAAUGAAACAACUUCUGAUUUUAUUGAAACACGUGCUUCCAAUGAUCAAAGUGUACAUGCUUCGAUAUUUGUUAAUACUAGCAAUAAACAAAUCCCUUCAUCGCCUUCUAUUCCUAUGACGACAAUUCUUCCAACACAAACAGAAGUGUGGAUAUCACGUUCACCGAACACACCAACUGUAGCUGAAGCCGACUAUGAAUCUCAAGUUUGA